AUGUACAAUCCGGCGCUACCCAACCACUACCGCGACGUCGUCUUUACGUCGUAUGUCCGCCGGCGCCAACGCGAGGAGGCGGCGGCCGCACAGAAGCAGCGGCAGCCGAACGCGCUCGCCUCGGCGCUGUCUGCGUCGUCGCACGUCGCACCGCCCAUGGCAUCUGCGAGCGCGCCACUGCUGGGCCUUUCGGCAGAGGAACUUCACCAGCACCGUAUCAAGGAGAGUGCUGCCCUCGGCAUCCAGCGGGCGGUGAUGAUGGAGAAGGAGGCCCUCGAGGUGGAGCACAAGAAGCGCAAGCUCGAGGGAAGCGAUGCCCGAUCUCGCAUCAGCAGUCGCCUCGACAAACUCAAAGCGUUGGCGGCGAAGUCAAAGGCGGUGACAGGUGUGUCGGUCUCCGCUGACGCUGGUGACGCUGUGUUGCAACCAGACGGCCCGACAUCGCCAACGUCGUCUCAAAAAACAUCGUCGUCGUCGUUCGCCGCCGAAGCAGCACCGUCUGCUCCGCUCAUGUUCCAGCGCUCCUCCCUUGCGGCGGGUGGGUAUGUCAUGGCCGCGGCCGACCCAUCCCUCCCAGGCAUGCUGCUGCGCACCAGCACACGGUCUGCUGUCCAAGGAAAGCCGAGCUCUACGCUUCUCCUGCGCUUCCUUCAUGAUAGCCCCGUGCUGGGGUGGAGUGAAGCCGCCAUCGCAGAGGCGUCUACCUUGUCCUCGGCGGAGUCGUCCCUGUGCGCACCGGUGCUGACGCAGGUGCAACAGCUAUGCCGCCGGUUCGGAUUUGUGCGUAGCAUGGCCGCACGUGUGUAUGCCGAGGAUGUCGUCACCGCAGCCCUCGCACGCUCACGUUCACAGACCAGCGUGGAGACCCAAGUGCCGUCUGCCGAGGAGGUCCGGCGGGAGCAGUUGCGCGUGUGGGUGCGCUUCGACAGCGUCACGGAGGCCUUCAAGGCGGCGGAGAGUCUCGCGAAGGAGGUGUCGCCUGCCACACCGGCUGGUCGACCUGUGUUCGCGGUGGCUUUCUACCCGACUGGCCUCUACGACUCGGACGCGCUGGAGCUGCGUGAGGAGGACCUGCUGGCCCCCGCUGCGUGA